GGUACUGAACAUCUCAACUCGAUUCCCGUCGAACUCGAAUAAAUACGAGUAGAAAAGAAUAGUUCGUUUGUUUUGGGUCAGCACUAGAUAGCACUGCCUGUCUAAACCCCAGUUAACCCGCAACCGACUCGACCUGAAGGUUUCGAUGGUGCUGGCUUGAUGGGGUCUAUGCCGGCGACAAAGUGAUGGUCUAAGGACUCGCAGUCACAGAGGUGCUUGCGCGUGGAAUGUUGCGCUGGUCGGUGCACCUAGAAGGAGGGCCGCGGAGAGUCAACCAUGCUGCUGUGGCGGUGGGGCACAAGGUGUACUCCUUUGGAGGUUACUGCUCUGGGGAGGACUACGAGACACUCCGUCAGAUUGAUGUGCAUGUCUUCAACACAGUCUCUUUACGCUGGAUGAAGUUGCCUCCAGUGAGGAUGGGAGGACACGAGCGUGCCUGUGAAGUGCCGUAUAUGCGUUAUGGCCACACAGCUGUGCUGCUGGAUGAUACUAUCUACCUCUGGGGUGGGCGUAAUGACACAGAGGGGGCCUGCAAUGUGCUUUAUGCCUUUGAUGUCAACACCCACAGAUGGUUCACACCCAGGAUUUCGGGGACUGUUCCAGGGGCAAGGGAUGGCCACUCAGCCUGCGUCCUGGGGAAGGCAAUGUAUAUAUUUGGAGGAUAUGAGCAGCUGGCUGACUGCUUCUCCAAUGACAUCCACAAGCUGGACACCACCACCAUGGUUUGGUCAUUAAUUAAUGCCAGAGGCACACCGGCACGCUGGAGAGACUUCCACUCAGCCACCAUCAUCGGGACAAAGAUGUUUGUGUUUGGAGGACGCGCCGACCGCUUCGGUCCCUUCCACUCCAACAACGAGAUCUAUUGCAACAAGAUCAAAGUGUUCGACACAGAGACCAACUGCUGGCUGAGCACCCCUUCAACACAGCCGUUGCCAGAGGGACGCAGGAGUCAUUCAGCCUUUUCCUACAACGGAGAGCUGUACAUAUUUGGAGGAUACAAUGCCCGUCUGGACCGGCACUUCAAUGACCUCUGGAAAUUCAAUCCAGAAGCCUUUUCCUGGACGAAGGUAGAACCAAAGGGGAAAGGCCCAUGUCCACGAAGACGGCAGUGCUGUUGUAUGGUUGGAGAUCGAAUCAUCCUCUUUGGAGGAACGAGUCCCUGUCCAGAGCAAGGAAUGGGGGAUGAAUUUAACCUCAUGGAUCAUUCAGACCUGUAUAUCUUAGACUUCAGCCCUAAUUUGAAGACGUUAUGCAAAAUAGCUGUUAUUCAGUACAGUCUGGAGCAGUCAGGACUCCCACAUGAUAUCAGGUGGGAAUUGGCAGCCAUGACCACCAACAGCAACAUCAGCAGGCCCAUCUUCUCCUCCCAUGGCUGAUGCUGCUGAGUGUGAAGCAGAACCAGAGCUCUGUUUCAGGACACAGGGCUUUUAUCUUUCUAAUCAACCAAGCUUUGAGGGAUUGUUUUUUUUUUUUUUUUUUUGUAGAGUUUGGAUCUGUAUUGGAUUUAUUUUACACAUUCUUCAAGUGAAAACUCAUUACUGACCAAAAUAUCCUGCCUAUGACUUCCUUGGACACCAUGAGCUCUCUCAUGUCUAAGGAUAUUUUAACCCUUGAAGACAGCAGUUCUGUGAGACAGAGAUCGUUGACACCUGUUCACCUUUUUUUCCUCUUUCUAGCCUCCUCUAGAAAUCCAAUCAGCCUAUGAUAAUCAUAGACUUCAAUUCUUAAGCACAGGAAGAGACAGGAAUUUCAGCCAAAGGUCUUGAGAGCUAACCUCUUUGUUGAGGAUGUCAUCCCGAUGUCGCACUCAACAGAUCUCCCCGAAGAAACAAAUGUGAACCUUCUGUUCCAGAUAUAAAGAGACUGAGGUGGUCAUGAGUUUGUAUAUCUUGCAAAUUUAACUUGGUCCUAAAACCACAUAAAACUACCAUGUCCAUUUGAGGCAAAUGAAGUUAUUGUACACAAUGUACGGACAAGGCUAGCUUUAGUGCUCUGGUGUUAAAUGCAAGAAGACAGAGUAUUUGGUACCACUGUGUUGGAGUAUAACGCUUGCGAAAGGUUCUGUUUGACUGGUUUUCAGCGCUUAGCUUUUCCCCCUCCUUCAUCAUAACUUGUCUGGCACCCCACUGCUCUUAAGUGUCUCAAAGGCGACUUGCAAGGCGGCUGAGGCAAACUGUCAAAUCCAUCUACCUCCCUCAAUAGCAUGCAUCAUUGAGUCUUUAAUAAGACUUCCCACAGAGGAGACAUAUACUGCCCCCCCCGAAAAAAAGCCUUUUCACAUGGAAGUUUGUAUUUGUGGUUCGCGUGUUCUUCCAAGAAAUGUCAUAGUGUCCCUGGAAGAGUGCGACUCAUCUGCCACCACCCCUCUCGUUUGUUUUUCAGUGCCAAAUGUGGAUGGGAAUCAUGAUGCAAAUAUAUACUGUGUAUGUGUAUAAGCUCGCGGCCCUGUCUACACAUAAUCCUUGCCCACCUGCUUCAGUUUGCCUGUUGUUGUCGGGGAGAUCAUCACUAGUAUGCAUAAUGUAGUUGUUCCUCUUAUAGACAAUCCUACAGCGUUCAGAGACUCUCCUCGUGACCUGCUUCUUCAGAGUACAGUGAAAAACCAGGAAAGUGUGCACGUGUGUUUGUGUGCAACUAUGAGCAAAGCUAUACCUGAGCAGAUGUUUUAAAUGCAAAAGGGCUGUUAUUAGAUUACACGCUCACCACACAGCUUGAAAAUUACACGGAGUAGCUCAAAUUGGGGAUGGUUAUUCAGGCUGGGUUUUGAUUUUUAUUAAUGCUAAUUUCAAAUUUUAGAACAAAACUUUGAAAACAUAGGAGUGGUGUUGGUCUUUUUUUCUUUUUUUUAAAAGAUUUUUAUCUCCAUCCACUUUCAUUAAAGGAUAAGGUUGAUGAUAUUCUGUAUUUUUUAUGUCCACAACAACAGCUACACCAACUGGGCAGCGUCGUUUUUAGCAAUUGUUACUCAAACAAGAGUAGAGAGGAUUUGGUGGGGGUCUAUUUUCAGGCACUGAUUUCGUGCAUGUCCAAGUACCUAAUGCUGCAGGAGGGUUUGUCUAGGAUUGACUGAAGCUAAUUUCUUCAUUCUUAUGACGAAACAUGGCACCUGGUGCAACUCUGUGGUUCAUUUAUGUGUUUUUAAUAGUUUUCGUAUAACAUUGAAAGCCUUCUGUGUUUGAUACAUCGGGCUGUAGAUUCACAGACGAUCCUUGUUAUAUCAGUUAAUCAUUGGUUUUGGUCUUUGUUGACAAUAAGAAAAUGUAGAAUAUCAGCAGGCAUAUCCUUUAAAUCUUCUCAGUAAGAAUAAGAAGUAAUACAGCAUGAUGCUGAAGUGAAUGGUUCAGUGAGGAUGACUAUACAGGCAGAAGAGAUGUUAUUAAUACUGCCAGUUUAUUUGAACUUUUUCACCAUGGAUCUUAGUUGUAUUUGGUCCAGAACAAUACAAAGCCCUAAAACUAAGAUGUGAAUAGGAACUGUGUUACCACACACUUGUGAGCUGCAUCGGUGUUUUUCAGUCCUGGUCUUUGGGACAGAGAGUGCUGUUGUCUUUCUGUCCUGUUACAUUUAAUCUGUAUCAUUCGGUCCCUGAUUGGCUUGUUUAGAAUGAAACCCAGCAGGACUCUGGGUCCCAAACAUCAGCACUGAAUAACACUGACCUACAUCGUAAAUGUUUACAAAUCUAUGUAUUUCAUGUAAAGCAGUGUAAAACAAUCUUAAAUGCAGGUUGAGGUCGCCAGAUAAACUGCACUAAAGCCAAACGUGGCAUGUCAGGCCUUACAGAGAGGAGACAUGUUGAUGCUGCUUUUUGCCUACAGAGACUCCAGAGUUUGAGACAUUUGCCUGCCCAAACCAAGUCUGAAUUUUACUUACAGACCGGUGGUGCCAAUGUGACUCAGCGAGUCGUAUGCCCUCUGCACUGCACGUGCAUAUGGACAUAUCACACACUUGAAAUUCCUCAGUACCCCAGUUACUUGGACUAUACAAUAGGUAAUGCAGUGAAACCACAGGGAAGCUAAUCGUGUGUCCACACACACAUUAAAAAAACAAAACAAAACAAAAAAAAAAACAAAAAAGAAAAAACAA